GCAAAGCUUGACAUAUACCUUAUGUUUCCGAGAAAAAAAAUGAGGCGGGGUUAGGGAGCCAUAUAAACGGCUUUCUCUUUAGUGAUUGGUUAUACAAAUUUACAAAUUGAUCCUUUCUGACCUUACUCAAUUGAUAGCUGGGAAUCUUUUUUUUUUAAGUUUCUAUGCCACUCGAACCUUUUUUUGAUUUGUGGAUUUUGACGUUCGGCCUUGAUUUUUGGCAAGUUCGUUAACCUAGAACAGUUUUUGCUUAAAAAAAGCGUACUGCUAUUUGGAUUUGGUGUUUUCAUGUAAUAUCUAGAAUACCAAAGUCCUUUUACAAUCCUUCCUUGCCUCGAAGUCUUUUAAAAACACCCAGCAUGCCUCGAGGUCGCGUCAAGAAAGAGGGACCAGAGUCUGGAGAAGACUCUGAUGAAUACAGAAAACGCAGAGACAGAAACAAUUUGGCAGUAAAGCGCAGUAGAGUGAAAUCUAAGCAGCGUACACAAGAGACGAUGAAUCGAGUAAACGAAUUGAGAAAUGAAAACAUUAUACUUGAAGAAAAAGUUAAAACACUUACUAAGGAGUUGGGAUUUCUGAAAGAAUUGUUUUUGGCUCAUGCAUCCAAUACAGCAAGCAAGUCGAAAUUUGAUGGAGUUGAUUUACAGAAACUAUUGGCUGAUACAACAGAGUCAUCUAAUAGUAGCAGUGUUACAGACAGUGCAAAUGCUGAAAACACUUGAAUAUUGCCUGAAUGAUUUUUGUUUUGGAUCUUAAUGUCGUUAUUUGUUACUAUUAUGUACCUUUAGAGUUAGGUAUUAUUUUUAUAUUAUAAGGCAUAUAAUUAUCUUUGAUUUUUUUUAAUAUACUGAUUAAAAUGUGAUGUACAGGUUGGUAAAAUAUAGAGAUUUUUGAUACAAAAU